UUACUCCCAAAUUCAAAUUGAAAUUCCAUUUUUUUCUCCACCUCUUCUUCAUUCAUCUCGUUCCUCUUGGGUUCGGUGAAAUCUCAAUCUGGGUUCUGUUCUUCACCAGUUUUUGAUCUAUUUUCCCUUGUAUUUUCUUCCCAUUCAACAUUAAUUUCCGAGAAACAAUACACCAAAAUGGUUAAAAUGGCGUCUUCUUCUUCCCCAUCUUCGUCUCCGGCGGUGACCGUUACAGUCUCUUCUUCAGGUGCGUUUCAGAGCAUGGGCUUGACAAGUCCCAUACGGCGUUUCUCGACAUCAAACAAUCAGAAUUCACCUCUCAGUAACAGAGGAUUGAAGGGUUCAAGCGGAGGUAAUCGCAGAUCUUCCGGCGAAAGAAAAUUUCUUUCAAUGUCCAAAGAAAACACAGAGGAGUGUGUUGCUUACACAGUUCACAUCCCUGCAACACCAGAUCGGCGAGUCAUGUCUGAGUCCCAGACUAGCCCCUUUGAAGACAGCAAGAAAUCAGGGCACCUAAUGGGGGGUUCUUACAUUAAGGAUACUAUUUACACUGGAGGAUUCAAUUCCGUGACUCGAGCCCAUGUAAUCGAGAACUCGGUGGAUGAACCCAAGGCAGUGAAAUCAGAAUUGGUUUGUGGAAUGAAGGGUUGUGAUGAGAAAGCUCAGGAUGGUACUUGGAAGGCUCAGUGCGAGUGUGGAUUCAAAAUUUGCAGAGAUUGUUACUUGGACUGCAUUGGAACUGGCGAAGGGUAUUGUCCUGGUUGUAAAGAGGUCUAUAAAGGUGUUAGCGAAGACGAAAGAAGCGAACCCAGUUCGGAAGAAAAGGACCAGCCACAUCCACUGCCAAGAGGAGGAAAGGGAGGUGUCAGAAUUGAGAAGAACUUUUCGCUUGUGCAAUCGUUCAAAGCCCCAAAUCAUGAUUUUGAUCACGCUCGAUGGCUGUUUGAGACCAAGGGCACGUAUGGGUAUGGGAAUGCAGUAUGGCCUAAAGAUGGAUAUGAAUUUGGGAGAGGGACUGACAGGUCUGAAUACCCUCCAGAAUUCAAUCAGAGAUGUAACAGACCUUUAACCAGGAAGGUUGGGAUUUCUGCUGCAAUUCUCAGCCCAUACAGGUUGCUUAUAUUCAUUCGUCUUGCUGCACUUGCUUGCUUUCUAACAUGGAGGGUUUCGAAUCCUAACCAUGAAGCUAUGUGGUUAUGGAUAAUGUCCGUAGUUUGUGAGUUCUGGUUUGCACUAUCAUGGGUUCUAGAUCAGCUCCCAAAGCUCUGCCCCAUUAAUAGAGUAACCGAUCUCUCUGUUCUCAAAGAGCGUUUCGAACCAUCAGCCCUAAACCUUCGCAAUCCCAAAGGACUCUCUGACCUUCCCGGAGUUGAUGUUUUUGUUUCAACCGCUGAUCCAGACAAAGAACCCCCUCUUGUGACAGCAAACACCAUUCUUUCAAUCCUGGCCGUUGACUAUCCUGUGGAAAAGCUAGCUUGUUAUUUAUCAGAUGAUGGAGGGUCUCUUGUGACAUUUGAAGCCCUUGCUGAGGCUGCAAGCUUUGCAAGGAUAUGGGUUCCAUUUUGUCGGAAACAUAAGAUAGAACCAAGAAAUCCCGAGGCGUAUUUUGGGUUGAAGCGCGAUCCCCUCAAGAACAAGGUACAGCUUGAUUUUGUGAGAGAGAGAAGAAGAGUGAAGAGGGAAUAUGCUGAAUUCAAGGUGAGGAUAAAUGCCUUACCGGAAUCGAUAAGGCGAAGAUCAGAUGCAUAUAAUGCCCAAGCUGAGCUAAGAGCGAAGAAGAAACAGAUGGAGAUGGGGGAAAAUUCUUUUGAACCUGUUAAGGUCCCAAAGGCUACUUGGAUGUCUGAUGCAUCUCAUUGGCCUGGAACUUGGUCAAUGUCAGAGCAAGGCCAUUCGAGGGGCGAUCACGAGGGUAUAAUCCAGCUAAUGUUGGUUCCUCCUAACACAGAGCCAGUUUUUGGGACAGAAGCAGAUGGGGAGAACUUGAUUGACACAACAGAUGUUGAUACAAGAUUGCCAAUGCUAGUCUACGUGUCUCGUGAGAAGCGGCCUGGUUUUGAUCACAACAAGAAAGCUGGAGCUAUGAAUGCCCUUGUCCGAACUAGUGCAAUUAUGUCGAACGGUUCGUUUAUUCUCAAUCUUGACUGCGAUCACUACAUCUAUAAUUCGUUGGCUAUGAGGGAAGGAAUGUGCUUUAUGCUAGACAGGGGCGGCGACAAGAUCUGUUAUGUUCAGUUCCCACAGAGGUUUGAGGGGAUUGAUCCAAAUGAUAGGUAUGCAAAUCACAAUACAGUGUUCUUUGAUGUGAGCAUGAGAGCACUUGAUGGACUACAAGGCCCAAUGUAUGUUGGGACAGGCUGUAUUUUUCGGAGGAUUGCUCUUUACGGAUUUAGUCCCCCUAGAGCCACCGAACACCAUGGAUGGCUCGGUAGGAGGAAAAUCAAAUUCUCCUUGUUAAGAAGGCGCAAGUCAGCAGCAAAGAAUGAAGACGACAAUGAAAUGAUUUUGCCAAUCAACGAGGAGAGAAAUGAUGAAGAUGAAUUUACCAAGGCCUUGAUUCCACAACGGUUUGGGAACUCGACUUCUCUAAUUGAUUCUAUUGCAGUAGCUGAAUUUGGGGGUAGGUUGCUUCAUGAGUUACGAGGAAAAGGUAGCCAGGGCAGGCCAGCAGGUUCUCUUGCAGUGCAACGCGAGCCUUUAGACGCUUCAGCUCUUGCAGAGGCAAUCAGUGUCGUAACUUGCUUCUAUGAGGAUAAAACCGAGUGGGGCAAAAGAGUGGGAUGGAUAUAUGGUUCUGUAACUGAAGAUGUUGUGACUGGUUACCGUAUGCACAAUAGAGGGUGGAGAUCGGUUUACUGUGUCACGAAACCGGAUGCAUUUAGAGGCACAGCUCCAAUAAACUUGACAGAUAGGCUCAACCAAGUCCUUAGAUGGGCAACCGGUUCUGUGGAGAUCUUUUUUUCUCGAAACAAUGCACUCUUCGCAACACGAAGGAUGAAAUUCUUGCAAAGGAUUGCAUACUUCAAUGUGGGAAUGUACCCUUUCACCUCUAUUUUCCUCCUCACCUAUUGCUUCCUGCCUGCAUUUUCUCUCUUCUCUGGAAAGUUCAUAGUCCAAUCCCUCAGCACAACUUUUCUAGUGUUCUUGUUGGCGAUCACGCUCACCUUGUCAAUGCUUGCAAUCCUUGAGAUCAGAUGGUCUGGAAUCACUCUCCAUGAUUGGUGGCGAAACGAACAGUUCUGGUUGAUUGGUGGAACAAGUGCCCAUCUUGCAGCUGUAUUUCAAGGACUACUGAAAGUCAUAGCAGGAGUUGAUAUCUCAUUCACAUUGACCUCUAAAUCUUCUGCCCCUGACGAUGGAGAUGAUGAGUUUGCAGAGUUGUAUGUAUUUAGGUUCACCAUAUUAAUGAUCCCGCCUAUAACAAUCAUUUUGGUGAACAUGACAGCGAUUGCAGUGGGGGUAUUCAGGACAUUGUACAGCCCCUUCCCGCAAUGGAGCAAGCUUGUUGGAGGCGUGUUCUUCAGCUUCUGGGUACUGUCUCAUCUUUACCCUUUUGUGAAGGGGUUGAUGGGGAAGAGGGGGAAAAUUCCCACAAUAGUGUUUCUGUGGUCGACAUUAAUCUGCAUCAUUAUCUCGCUCCUUGCAGUGUACAUGUACCCUCCAUCUGGAAGGCAAGAUUACAUGACAUUUCGCUUUCCUUGAAUUUCUGGAUGAUGAUUGUAGUAGUUUAUUGUAAGCAGCGCCAACAAAGAAAGCAGCAGCAUGAAGUUUCUCAACUUCAGCUCUGAAUUUGUAUUUUCCUGUGAUUUCGUCGUUUAUUGUGGUGUGUAGUAUGUGUAUGUAUGUUAUAUGGCUUGUAAUGUAACAAGUUAGCUGUUCCUAACACAAUUGUUAAAUUUGCAGAGGUUUUUUUGGUACUCCUCAAGGGGGUUUAUUAGUUGCAACAAUUCCAGAAUAAAAAUAGAGUCAUAAUUAUCAA